AUGAACGGUGGCCAGUGUGCUUCGGCGAAGUCCUUUGAGAUGCCUCAACGUGUGUCAAUUGAAGUAGACGAAGCUCAAAGCAAUGAAAUUAACGGAGCAAUCAUUCAGCACGCGGCAGACUUGCGACCACGUAAAGAAUCAACGAACACAGCAAAACACAAGACGUAUGAGGACGAAGAUGAGGAUAAGACAGCAGAGGGAGAAGACGUAGAAGACGAAGAAGUUGAGAAUGAGGAGGAGGCAAUGAAUGGGAACGAGGGAGAGGGGGAAAAUGAGGCAACGGAAGAGGAAGAGGUGGUGGAAAAAUACGCACGUGUAACGAAUACGGAGACAGCCCAACUGUACACGGUCUACGAACAACCAUCGUAUUGUGUCAUACACGCGGUAGACUUGCGACGACGUAAAGAAUCAACGAACACAGCAAAACACAAGAAGUAUGAGGACGAAGAUGAGGAUAAGACAGUAGAGGUAGAAGACGUAGAAGACGAAGAAGUUGAGAAUGAGGAGGAGGCAAUGAAUGGGAACGAGGGAGAGAGGAAAAAUGAGGCAACGGAAGAGGAAGAGGAUGGGGAAAAAUACGCACGUGUAACGAAUACGGAGACAGCCCAACUGUACACGCUCUACGAACAACCAUCGUAUUGUGUCAUAGAGAACAGCUCGGAGAAGCUGCCGACAUUGGCCGAGCUAAUACCACACCCGGCGCUCAAUUGGCCCUUCGAAUUGGACACCUUCCAGAAACAGGCC